AUGACCUUUGACAGUGCCAAAUCCAAGCUGACCAAGAAUAACUUUGCAGUUGGUUACAAGACAGGAGACUUCCAGCUGCAUACUAAUGUUAAUGACGGAUCAGAAUUUGCUGGCUCUAUCUACCAGAAAGUCAGUGACAAACUCGAGACCGCAGUUAACUUGGCCUGGACAGCUGGCAACAAUAGCACCCGCUUUGGCAUUGCUACCAAAUAUCAGCUGGAUUCUAAUGCAUCCAUCUCUGCAAAGGUGAACAAUGCCAGUCUUAUUGGUGUAGGCUACACCCAGACCCUCAGGCCAGGGGUGAAAUUGACGCUCUCUGCGCUGGUAGAUGGAAAGAACAUUAAUGCUGGUGGCCACAAACUUGGCUUGGGUCUGGAAUUAGAGGCUUAG